GAAAGGUUGAUUGAAGCAUUGGAUGAUCGUCUACUUCGGGCAAAUGCGGCCCGGAUUUUGAGGAACUUGUGUGCUUAUAGCACUGGAUCUAGUAGCUUUGUCCAGCUUCAACGCCUAACUGCUUCUGGACCAACUAUCCUUAAAGCAAUCAUGACAGAGGAAAGCAAAAUGCAGGAAGUAAUGCUUGGAUUAGCGUCCCAUGUUUUCAUGUAUAUGGAACCUGGUGAAGAAUCAGGGAUGAUGUUUCGAAAAGCCGGGAUCAAAGAAGCCGAACUCGCUCAAAAACUAAUUCAAAUCUUGGAGAGCCAUCAAUAUCCAUCAAUAAAGGUCCCAAGAAUAAGGAGGUUUGCCAUAGAGUUGGCAAUCUGGAUGAUGAGAGACAACAGAAGAAAUAUUGAGGUUUUGAGGAACCUGGGAAUGGAGCAUCAACUGGAGUGCAUCAUGGAGACCACAUCGGAGAUUGAGAGCUUUCAUGUUUUCUCUGGGUCGGUUGGUAUGAAUCGGCACACCACAACCAUGCACUCUUUAGUUGAAACUGCAUUCAACCUAUUGAGAGAUGAAUCCUCCAACCCUUGAAGGCAAAUUUAUGGAGAUUAUAUUCUUCUGCAAACCUAGCAUGCUUUGAUACUCAUAAAGGCAUGGCAAAUGUAAUGUUCAUUUAUAAUCUACUCAUGCAGUUGUAAGAAGUGUACACCAUUCUUUGAUCAUGUAUGUAACUUUUUUAAAAAUAUUGUAAAUGAUUCUUCUUCUUGAAACAUAUCAUGUGCUAACCCUUGGCUGUAGAAAGCCAACUGAUAUGUAAUAAUGUAUUAUCGGCGGCUGAUGUGGUACGGCCGGCCAUAGGAAGGGGUUUUGAAUGACCUAGCAACUGAUACCAUAUACAAAACAAUAGAAUUGGGAAAUAAUGGCUUACCCUAUUGGGUGCCAUAAGCUUAUAUUUAUAAUAAAACGUAAUUAGGG